CAACUUUCAUUUUCUUUUGUUAUCUCAGUGAGCAAAACUACGUAAUCAGCUUUGUGGUUCCCGACCAGAAGAGGAUGACAGAACUGGCCAGGAAGAAAGGCAUUGUGGGAGAAUGGGAGGAGAUCUGCACUCACCCCGACAUGGAGAGAGAGGUUCUGAGGGAGAUCAAGGAGGUUGCUGCUAACAUAAAACUUCAGCGAUUUGAGAUUCCAGUCAAGGUCCACCUGAGUCCAGAGCCAUGGACCCCUGAGACGGGCCUGGUCACAGAUGCUUUCAAGCUGAAGAGGAAAGAGCUGAAGAACCACUAUCUCCACCACAUAGAGAGAAUGUACGGAGGCAAAUAACUGCUCAAUUCCACCUAAGAGUCUCCAGUGUAACUAUAACAAUGUAAAUAAUCUUCCCGGUACCCGAUAUGAUUUUUAAUGCUGUUUGUGUACCACUGGCGUCGACCUUGAAUAUGUCUUGAAAAGAAAAGCUGUAGAUAGUAGUCGAUCCAUGUGUGCUGCUUUCUAUUCUCGUGUACAUGAGUUUUGAUUGUCAAAAGAAAUGCACUCAACUUGCAACUCGUAUGCCAUGAAAAGGGUCUGAGACCGUUACAGCACUGCCAUUCACUUAAAUCCGCUGGCACUGGUUGUAGCUGAUUUAUGUUAAAAAACAUACCACUGUCCUCUAUGUUGCUGAUGCUUUUUCGUUACUUUUGUUUGAAAAUAUGAACAACUUUUAUCAUCACGAGGCUUUUUUUUUCCUGUUUUGGAGUACUAAUGUUACUGUGCCUUCACUCUGCAGUACUCGUGUAGUCACGCAGAAGUGUCAGCUAAAUUAUUCAAACAAAUAGGUUUGUGCUUUGUUACAAAAAUGGCUUAACUGGGGAAAUAUAUUCCCACACAGAUACUCCGACAUGGAUCAUACAUAAACCAUACAUGUGAUCAUGUCUGCUUAUCAACUAUUUUUUUUCCUGUCCAAUGUUUUAUUUAUUUUAUUUGUGUCAACUUAUUCAAUAAGUCAGACCUACAUGUGUGAACACAAAUGACUCAGGAAGCUAAGCAAAUGCUUUAAUAUAUGAACUGUCAAAAAAAUGGGUUACUUGUAUACAAAGCUCUUUUGUUGAAUUUCUUGUGGGCACCUUAUUUAUUUAAGAGCAGGCAUGCUUGUCUCCAAACCAACUGCUAGCAUUAGCUAGUCAGGAAGUGUCUAUAAUACUGUGUGUCUUUUACCUCAGUUAAUGUACAAUUUGGUAUCAGAAGGUUAUCCGAAGUGGAGUCUGUUCAUUUUAAAUGAGUGUUUUCUAUGUAUUUUUCAAAGUGUUGUCGUGUAAUUGUAUUUGCAUCAUUAAAAUAUGUUAUGGACACUGACCGUCUCUACAGUUUGGUGAUCCUGUUUGUAUUUAUUACUCCAUUAUUAUGAUCACAUGCCUUGUUCAAGAAUAAACAUUUUUUUGUAUA